CUGUUAACGUUAGCUGUUAGCUGGAAGUUGUUGGCUGUUGACAUUAGCUGUUAGCUGUUAACGUUAGCUGGUAGCUGGAAGUUGUUGGCUGUUGACAUUAGCUCUUAGCUGUUAACGUUAGCUGUUGGCUGUUAACGUUAGCUGUUAGCUGGAAGUUGUUGGCUGCGUGACACCACUCCGAGCCAGCGUUUAGUUUCCCCGAGCUGUCCGCGGACAGGCAGCGGGGGACAUGGCCGCUGCAGCUGUGGUCACAGUGCGACUGGUCCGCUCCUUCGAGCACAGGAACUUUAAGCCAGUAGUGUUUCACGGAGUCCGGUUAGACCAGACGGUGAACGACUUCAUACAGCUGGUCAGAGACGAUAUAGCAACACGGCCGGGGCUUCCUCCACCUUUCAAGAAAUACGCCUAUGACACAAUGAAGAUUAUCCACCAAGCACAUGGAGCAAAGACUAAUGAGUUGGUGAUGAGUUUAGAGGACGAUGAAAAGCUGAUCCUGCAGGAUGGCCAAACCCUUACAGCUGCUGGCGUUGCCAAUGAAACAGAAGUGGCCUUCUUUAGACAGGAAGACUACAGCGUCUAUAAAGCCAAUCCCCAAACUGCUUGGUGACCUCAGUAUUACUUUAGCUCAACAACCACGUUUCCAUCAGUUUUCUUUCUUUUUUUUUCAGUCUUUUUCUUCUGAUAGUUGUGACCAUUGACAUUCAUUUUCAUUGUUUUAAAAUAUGCUGAAUAAUAAAGUUCUGGAACUGA